UAAUUAUUAUCUGAAAAUAGUUUUAUUUCAGAUAUAAAUAAUUAGUUCUGCAUUAUUUCUUAAAAACAAUUCGUCUCAAAGAUAUGUUGUAACGUCUUUACGCGAAAUAGUAACUGCUAUACCAACUGGGCAUGAUGUUACAGCGCCUUUUCAUAACUCGGACUUCAUAGUUUUGACUCCCGUACCAAUAUUUACAUUCAAACGUAAAACUAUACGUAUUUCUUCGUCCUCGAGUACCGUAUUCAGUUAUCUGCAUUCUGUAAGAAGAAACGGACACAAUGGCAGAAAUUAUUAUAACAAAGAAAAACGUGUGGCAAUAUUACGAAAAAGUCUCGGAUUACAAAGUAAAAUGCAGGUUUUGUAGACAAAAAUAUACUUACGUCAAGUUAAAUUUCCGUGAACAUAUAAUAAAUAACCAUUCUGAUAUAAAAAAAUACGAAGAAACACAUAAAGGACGACAAGAAUGGCCAUGGAUAUGUUUCAAGUACAACGAUACUUCUACUUCACAAUGUCUUUUCUGUCGUGAGAAUAUUGAAUCUGAUUUUAAAUCUUUAAAAUCUCAUUUACACCAGAAACAUGUUAACGAAGUGAAGAAUUACGUACUUUAUGAUUGGAUAUGGAAAUAUUGUACAAGAAAUAAUUUUAAAAUAAAAUGCACUUAUUGUUCCGAAGAAUUUAGUAUUUAUCUACAAGGGUAUAAUUUAAAAAUACAUAUAGAAAGACAUUCGGAAGAAUUAAGAAAUGUGCGAGAAAGAUGUGACAUAGUUCUUUCGUCAGAAUCCGUUAAUAUAUCAAAAUCUAUAGAACUUAAUGAAAACAUGUGGGUAUAUUAUAAUAAACUGCCUUUUUUUCGAGCAAAAUGCAAAUGGGAAAACUGCGCCUUUGAAUGUGAUUAUAUUAAUGAUGACUUGCUUUCUCACAUACGUAAAAACCAUGAAGCCAUAUAUAAAUGGGAACGUGAAGACGGAAAUAAAAAAUCAUGUAAAUAUUUGAAGUAUUGGUGUGAAUAUAUUUUCGAUAAAGAGAUACCACACUCAGAAUGUCUCAUGUGUGGUGAAUUUCUGACUGUUUCUGAAUCUAUAGAAACACAUAUCUCAGAGAAGCAUUCUGUGGAAGAAGAACGUUAUAUCGUAGAUGACCAUUGGACAAUGAAAUAUUUUAGAGAAAGUGAUGACAAUGAUGAGGUCAAGUGUACUAUUUGUUGCAAAAAAAUAACCAUUAAUUUUGAUAAUGUAAUGUUUAUUCAUACAAUGAGAUGGCAUCUGAAAGAAUUGCAAUCAAUUAUUUCUAAAAAAGCCACGGAUAAACUGAGGGACAAUGAUUACACAUUAAAAGAUUUUAAAGCAACGUGCCGAAUUUGCGGCAUUAAAUCUUGUUAUAUCGAUACAGCAAACUUUAAUAAAUACGUGAAAGAAAAGCAUAUAGACAUAUAUAAUUACGAAAAAGAACACGGACACAUGUUUCCAUGGAUGCAUUUUACGUAUUUGACUUCAUAUUCCUUAAAAUGUCGCUGUAAUAAAGUUUUUGAGUUUAAUAAUGAGUUUAAUAAUGAGUUUAAUAAGGACUUUUUAAAAAAACAUUUGGACGACCAUCCUUUCGAGUACUUUUUUAACCCAUCAUUAUACGAGAGCUGGGAAUGGAAAUACUGUACACAAAUUAGUGAUUUUGCGGUGCAAUGUAAUAUUUGUUCCGAAAGUAGAAUACCACUUGACAUUCCGUUAUGGUAUUUUGAUCGUCACACUGUAGCUACACAUUCGAACAGCCUGACAACUACACAGAGAACGCAUGACGCAGCUAGACCAUAAAGAAGCCAAGCAAACUGAAAAAAACAGGUUUAUCCAGAUUUUGACAACCGAAUGGUGAUAACGACACUCAAGUAGCAUCACCAACGUUAACGACAAUUUAAAUUUUGACGAUUUGGAGAACCUACACCAGAAAACUGGCAUGUCUUUUUAUGUACAAUUAUUCCUGACGUAUAAUUCGUUUUACGUUUAUAAGUUAUAAAUAUAUUUAUAAAUCAAAGUGUCACAUAGAUAA